AUGAGCGGCAAAGGCGGCGGGGGCCACAAGGCAGGGAUUCCUCCGGCUAGUCGGAAGAUGGUUCAGAGCCUGAAGGAGAUAGUGAGCAACAUCCCCGAACACGAGAUCUACGCCACCCUCAAAGACUGUAACAUGGACCCUAACGAAGCCGUUAGUCGCCUCCUUUCCCAAGAUCCUUUUCAUGAGGUCAAGAGCAAGCGAGAGAAGAAAAAAGAGACUAAGGACACAACGGAUUCCAGGCCUCGAGGGAUAAGCAAUACGUCUAGUCGUGGCAGCGGCGGUGGUGCUAGGGUUGGCGCGGACCGCUAUGUUGGGCGUGGAGGUGCUACUCAAUUCAGUAGUAGUGGUGAAUCUGGUCUCCUGCAGGGGAAACCUUUGUUGAAAAAGGAAAAUGGAGCGCCUGCUUAUGGAGGUUCUACCUUUUCCGCAUAUGGCACAUUGGACAAUAAUGCAAACAGGCAACUACCAUCCUACAGUGAUUCUGUCCGUGUCUGUGAUGCGCUAUCUCCAUCACAACAUGGUGGAUUGCAAUCUGCAUGGGCGGUGAACCCAGGUCAAGUAUCAAUGGCUGACAUUGUCAGGAUGGGUAGGCCACAGGCGAAGACAUCCAUGCCCAACUCUUCUCUCCACAGUGGUAACCAUCAAAAUGUUUUUGCACCCCCAGCAGCUUCACAGCACAAUUUGCAUUCAUUGCAAGGUCAUGUUUCUAAGGUGUCAGAGACAAAUAAUGAUCAAGUCUUUGCUUUUAACUCCCAUGUUGAGCAGAAUGAUGAAUGGCCGUCUAUUGAGCACCAAUCAGCUGUUUGUGUAUCCUCAGUUGUAGAUGAUCAUCCCACAUCUGAGUACCAUACAAACUCAUCUAACUCUGCUGAAGCUAACCAGCAGUUGAAGACCCAUGUAAAUGAACUUGUAGCUGAAGAUGAUCCUGUUGCGAAUCCAGAAAAUGCUGGGUCUACUAAAAGUACAUCUGAAGAGAAUCCUGAAAGUACAUCUGCUUUAGACGGUAGCCUGUACAAUGACAUAAAUCCCUACCAACCUCAUCGGCAUUCUUUUGAAAAUAAUGAAGCUGAAGGUGGUGUUUCAUCAGUUGCUGCAAAUUUAGAGCAGCUAAAUUUACACUCAAAUGAUCACGGAACAGAACAAGAGGAAGAAAAUUCAUCUGUAGUAAUUCCUAAUCAUUUACAACUCCAUACCCCUGAAUGCUUAAAUCUGAGCUUUGGAAGUUUUGGAUCUGCAAACAAUGCUGCCCUUUCUGGAUCUGGCCCAUAUCCAUCUAGGCCCUUGAAAAGUAACUUGGAGGAUACAUCUGGAGCAACUGAGGUUUCAACAAUUGGAAAUCCGGACUAUUAUGGAGAUGAGCAUCUUACUGGUGCCUCGGAUGGGAAUUUAGCUCACAUAACUGGUGUGGAUGCUGUGACUUACGAACAUUCCUCCAUUUCACAAUCAGAGACUUUAAAAUCUGAACCCCCUGAAACUGCUCAGGAAAAUCAAUAUUCAUUUCCUUCUUCUUCACAUGAGUUUACUUACGAAAAUACCCAACAACUAGAUGUUACAUACCCUCAUUCACAGACAAGCUCACAGAUACAGAACCUGUCUCCUUUCUCUAGUGUAAUGCAGGCUUACACCAAUUCUUUGCCCAGUGCUCUGUUAGCGUCAACUGUUCAAACAGCAAGGGAGGAUAUCCCAUACUCACCCUUCCCUGCAACACAAUCAAUGCCUGUGAAAUAUAGCAACAUUGCUUCUUCAAUUGGUGGUCCCGCUAUAAACAUGUCAGAGGCUCUAAGGGCUAAUAACAUUUCAACUCCGCAACCUAAUCCGCAAGCUUUACCUGGUGCCAAUGUUGCCACUGGACCUGCACUUCCGCAACAACACCUUGCUCUGCAUCCCUAUUCACAGCCUACGCUUCCACUGGGACAUUUUACUAAUAUGAUUAGCUAUCCAUUCUUGCCUCAGAGUUAUACCUACAUGCCUUCAGCUUUUCAGCAGGCAUUUGCUGGAAAUAACACAUACCACCAAUCUUUGGCCGCCAUGCUUCCUCAAUAUAAAAAUAGCAUUUCUGUCAGUAGCUUACCUCAGUCUGCUGCUGUUGCAUCUGGAUAUGGUUUUGGAAGUUCCACCAGCAUUCCUGGAGGAAAUUAUCCAUUGAAUCCACCUGCUGCGCCUACUAGUACAACCAUUGGAUAUGAUGAUGUUAUAAACUCUCAGUACAAGGACAACAAUCAUAUGAUCUCAUUACAGCAGAAUGAGAAUUCUCCCAUGUGGGUUCAUGGACCUAGCUCUCGAACAAUGUCUGCAGUUCCUCCGAGCACGUACUACAGCUUCCAGGGACAGAAUCAACAAACGGGGGGAUUUCGGCAAAGUCAACAGCAGCCUUCUCAGCACUUUGGAUCUCUUGGUUACCCUAAUUUCUACCACUCUCAGAGUGGGAUAUCUCUGGAACAUCAGCAGCAGAAUCCUAGGGAAGCAUCCCUUGCUGGUUCUCAAAGCCAACCACCUAAGCAGACCCAACAAAUAUGGCAAAACAGCUACUAA